AUGCCAGAAUCAGCCAUCAAGUUCGGAGCCUAUGAGUCCGCGAAACGUGCUUUUGCCCGCCUCGAAGGUCACAACGAUCCAAAGCGCUUAAAACCGACCUCACAGUUUCUAUCAGGAGGAUGCGGUGGAAUGGUUGCUCAGUGUUUUGUGUAUCCUCUUGAUACCUUGAAAUUUCGGAUGCAGUGCGAAGUCGUCGAAGGCGGCCUGAAGGGAAACCAGCUCAUCGCUGCUACAGCUCGGAAGGUCUGGAAUAAAAAUGGCCUGCUCGGAUUUUUCCGUGGUUUGCCUUUGGGCCUCAUUGGCAUGUUCCCGUACGCAGCUAUCGACUUGUCAACGUUCGAAUACCUGAAGCGUACACUCCUUGCUCGAAAAGCUCGUUUACAUGGCUGCCAUGAGGACGACGUCCCUCUCUCCAACUUCACUACAGGUGCUAUCGGUGCUUUCAGCGGGGGUGUUAGCGCCUCGGUCGUCUACCCCCUGAACGUACUCCGAACCCGAAUGCAGGCUCAAGGCACCGUCCUGCAUCCUACAACAUACGACAGCAUCGCCGAUGUUGUGCGCAAAACAAUCCAGGCUGAAGGCUUCCGCGGACUCUACAAGGGACUUACGCCUAACAUGCUCAAGGUCGCCCCGGCGGUAUCCAUUAGCUACGUUGUCUACGAAAACUCAAAGCGAAUGCUUGGGCUGAGGUAG